AAUCGGCAUUUCGCGUGGUUCGGACGUGCCGGGAGUCUCCCCCCACAGUGGUACGGCCGCGAGUGACACGAGCAGCACGUGCUCGCGACGUCUGCGGGCGUGCACGCGCACCCAACCCCCGUGUCUCGAUUCUCGCGUAUACACUGUAUACAGCGGUGCACGCGCACCACCGAGACGCACACACGUGUUCGGUUCGCACACACACACUGUGGCCGACCCUGCCGGGUCGAGGAGGGUGACAGCGAAGGGAUCGAGUCGCCGGCGAGAGGCUGUCAGUUUUGGCGUCCCGUCGUUCUCGGCGCGAUGACCGGGCUUUCGAGAGGUAUCCUGGCUGGAUAGAGCAUAUAGAGAGAGAAGGAGAGAGGACGACGUAUCAUUUCAGUGAGAUAAACAGUAUUCAGGGUGCGAGGUUAUGGGGAGGCCGAGGAACUGACGUUUUGGGAGGAUCCCCUCCUGCCUGCAGGACCGCGAGUUUCGCGAACGAGAAGGUGACCGCGUCGGAUGUUAUCGGGUGACCGCCUUGGCAAAUCGAUAAAUUCCCGAAGAGGAAACCGAGGAGAGAAAUUAGAUUGCCGUUUGAUCGACCAUUGUACACGCGGCCACUCGAUCUUGCGGUGCCACCGAAUCGCAGCGCGGCACCUAACAUAAGCCAGUGCGGAAAGGAAGAAGUGCGAGGAGAGAAAAAGCAGACGGCGGAGACAUGGCGCACGAAAACGGGAUAAACGGCGGCGACACCGACUCGGAGACGGUGGAAUUGAAUCCUCUGAGGAGAACGAGAUUCCACGUGAAUCGGGUCGACAGCCUCGAAGGCCGGGCCAGCCUUCUGGGCGAGCAGGAGACCAGGAAGUCCCUCAGAUACAUGACCAGGGAGGCCCUGCCCAGGCUGGACAAUUACAGGAACAUCAUGAGCAUCCAGGCGGCCCACAGACCCUCCUUGGACGAGUUGCACAAUCCCACUCUCCUGAACAAGGGCUCGGGCUCGCAUACGUUAACCGUUCCGCAUCUGAAAUCCACGGCGCCAGGAGUGAAAUUCGGAUGGAUCCAAGGUGUGCUGAUGCGAUGUCUCCUCAACAUCUGGGGGGUGAUGCUCUUCCUGCGACUCUCCUGGGUCGUAGCGCAGACCGGAGUAGGCCAGGCUAUUUUGCUGAUUCUCACGACGACAGUGGUCACGACGAUUACAUCCUUGUCGAUGUCGGCGAUCAGUACCAACGGUCUUAUCAAAGGAGGUGGGACCUAUUACAUGAUUUCCAGAUCACUGGGACCUGAAUUCGGCGGAUCCAUAGGUCUUAUAUUUUCCCUGGCGAACGCCGUCGCCUGUUCCAUGUAUGUAGUCGGCUUUUGCGAGAGUCUAGUGGAUUGUCUUCGACCUUUCAAGGCCUGCAUAAUCGAUUGCGCGAUCAUGGACAUCAGGAUCAUAGGUUGCAUAACGAUAGUCGUGCUCCUGAUAAUCGUUAUAAUCGGUCUGGAAUGGGAGGCGAAGGCCCAAGUAUUUCUCUUGAUAAUUCUCCUCCUGGCGAUUGCCGAUUUCAUGAUCGGCAGCUUCAUAGGCCCCAAGAGCGAGGAGGAGAGAGCGAAAGGAUACGUCGGGUACAACGCCAAGCUGUUCCAGGAAAAUUUUUAUUCGAACUAUAGAUACAGCGAAGGCAAGGAACAUAGUUUCUUCUCAGUCUUGGCUAUCUUUUUCCCAGCGGCAACGGGUAUCCUGGCAGGUGCAAAUAUAUCCGGUGACUUGAAGGAUCCGCAAACGGCAAUACCGAAGGGCACGCUACUCGCAAUUCUUCUGACGUCGUUGUCCUACCUUCUCAUGGCGUUUGUGGUCGGCGGUACCGUUAUGCGCGACGCCACCGGCAACGUUACCGAUUUAUGGACGACGUACAAUAGCUCUCUUUUGGCCCUGUCAAAUAUUUCAAUGUCAGACAAUGACACUACGAUCGAAAACGGUACAAUUAUCGAGAACGUCAACCACACGUGGAGCGUAUACGGAACGGAUUUUAACUGUACUAAGGGAUGCAAGUAUGGCAGCCACAACAGCUUCGAGGUGAUCCAAUUAGUUUCCGGUUUUGGACCCAUCAUCUAUGCCGGUUGCUUCGCGGCCACGAUUUCAAGUGCCUUAGCGUCGCUGGUCUCAGCGCCGAAAGUAUUUCAAGCGCUCUGCCUCGACAAACUGUACCCGGGAAUCGCGUGGUUCAGUGGAGAGAAAGAUAAAGAGCCGAUUCGCGGUUAUUUGCUGACUUUCAUCAUCGCCGUUGCUUUUGUUCUGAUAGGUGAAUUAAACAUGAUUGCGCCGCUGAUUUCGAACUUCUUCUUGGCUGCCUAUACUCUUAUCAAUUUCAGUACGUUCCACGCUUCCUUGGCUAGGCCGAUCGGAUGGCGGCCAACUUUCAAGUAUUACAACAUGUGGCUCAGUCUCCUUGGUGCUAUCCUCUGCGUUUCUGUGAUGUUUCUGAUCUCAUGGGGGACAGCUCUAAUAACAUUAUGCGCAGUCUUAGCGCUGUAUUUAGUAGUCUCGUACAGAAAACCCGAUGUGAAUUGGGGCUCAACUACACAAGCCCAGACCUACAAUAACGCGUUGACGGCUGUGCAGCAACUGGAUCGGGUGGAGGAACACGUGAAAAAUUAUAGACCGCAACUCUUGGUUCUUACCGGCGCGCCUAACGCGAGAUCGUCCCUCGUCGACUUCGCUCAGCAUAUUACUAAACAUCAGAGUUUAUUUAUUUGCGGCCACAUCGUCGAGACACCCAUAUCGUACAAAACGCGCAACAACAUGGUGCAGAACUGUUCCUCCUGGUUCAGGGCGAACAAGCUCAAGGCGUUUUACUCGCUGGUGGACAGCUCGAAUUUCCAAGAGGGCGCUACCUCGCUGCUGCAAGCCGCAGGACUCGGGAAAAUGCGGCCCAAUAUUCUGCUGAUGGGCUACAAGCAAGAUUGGGCCACUUGUCCCCGGGAGAAUCUGAAUAUGUACUUCAACGUCAUGCACAAAGCUUUGGAUAUGCACAUAGCAGUGGCACUUCUCCGGCUUCAGGAGGGCUUGGAUUACAGCGCGGUCGGAGAUGCCGAAGAUCAUAGGAGACUCGCGCCUACGUCGAUACCGGGCAAUCAGAGUUUCUCGCAGCUUAGCCAAGCUAGUAGCACGUCUGAUAUAUCGAUCCCCGGCAGUCCCGCGCCGAGACGUUCGAAAACGAUUAACGAGUAUCCCAAUCCGUCCUCCGAGGAGCAGCGCGAAAAUCGGCCAAAUAUAGUGCCAAUCACGAAUCUACUUAACGUAGUAACGAAGUUCCAGCGGAAGCAUAAGAAGGGCACUAUUGAUGUAUGGUGGUUGUACGACGACGGUGGCCUGACGCUUCUGUUACCCUACAUCAUCAGCACGAGGCGCAAUUGGUCUAACAGCAAACUGAGAGUGUUCGCGCUUGCCAACAAGAACUCCGAACUGGAGUACGAGCAAAGAAACAUGGCGAGUCUCCUGUCGAAAUUCCGGAUAGACUAUUCCGCCCUGAAAGUGAUACCGGAUAUCUCGAGGCCGGCACAAACCGGUACGAAGGCAUUCUUCGACUCGUUGAUAACCGACUUCCAGGAAUCGGCCGAUUCGAAAGACUCCGACGACGAUGUUAUCAGAGAUUCAGAACUUAUGGCAAUGAAAGAGAAAACCAACAGACAUCUCCGUUUGCGCGAAUUGUUACUUGAAAAUUCCAUGGAGGCCAACUUAGUCGUUAUGACACUACCGAUGCCACGGAAAGGUGCUGUAUCAGCGCCUCUUUACAUGGCGUGGCUAGAAACACUUACACGCGACAUGCCGCCGUUUCUACUCGUGCGAGGCAAUCACACGUCGGUUUUAACGUUUUACUCAUAAUAUUAAUGUGAAACUGACGUUGACGAGAUGUUCUAUUCGCAAGGAUAUAGAACGUCACAACAGGUGACAAUAGCGAUAUCGCAGUAUUACAAGCGAAAAGAAAGACUUAAUCAUCUGUUUACGCGGAAAAAAAAAUUGAUUCGAUCGUGGCGGAACGAAACACCUAGUGAUAUACUUGUACAGCGACAAGCUAAUGCCAGGUAUACACGCCUGUAUCAUCACGUGUAGGAAAGAUGCGUUUGCGAACGAGCCACUAUUGAUGUGCCUAUAAUAAGCAAUCUCUCGAAAACAUUCAGUCAUGUAAUGAGACUAUAUUUUUUUUAAAUGACUGGAAUAUUUUUCAAUUCCGAAAAAUCUCGAUAGUCUCUCUUUGUAGUGUAAAAAGAUCAAUUAUAUUUUAUAAAUAUCUAAAGUAAAGUGACGAUCACAUAA